GCGUUGCUGGAUUCAGUUACGCGUCGUCUGGCGGAGUGUGCACAACAUGGCCAUCGAUGAGCCGCAAGUGAUUGCGAUUAGCAUCACCAGCAAGCCGCAGGUGGGCUAUCUGCAAACAGAGUCUACUAUGGUCAACUGUCCGGCCUGCGAACACUUCGAGUGGAGCGUGGUCCAACUGGAGGCGGUCACCUGUCUGCAGCGACUGCUUGGCCUCACAAAAUUGUGCAAAAGCUGGCGAGGACGUGCUGACAUUAAUCACUAUUGCGGCCAUUGUGGCUGCUACAUUGGACGCUAUGUGCCCAUUGGUUGCUAUGAACGUUGUCUAUCGAAGUCAGCACGAAAACAGGCGGCUGUGGAUGACAUGCGGUUGAAGACGAAGCCCAAGGAUUGUGCUGUGCGUGCGCAAAAGUCAAGGGAACGUGUGUUGGCACAGCGCGCCGAGCAGCGUGAGAAGCGGGAGCGAGAACGUGAGCAGAGGGAGCAGCAACAACAACAACAGAGUCAAACUGUGGUGGUAACAGUGCCGGCCAAGCAGCAAUGAGAGCUAGUCAGGGUUGUUGUCUUCGCUAAAGUUAAGUUGGCUAAGCUUUGUGUGAAAGCUUUAUUCGGGUCGCAGUUCAAAUAUAUUUAUACUAUGCUUGGUAUUUAUUCGAGUGGAAUGCACUGUGAGAAAUAUUCUGUAUUUAAACAAGUAAGAAAGUCGAGUAUCCUCGACUGUAAGAUACCCGUUAACCAAUUUUAAUAGAAG